AUGACAGAUAUACUCCCUUCUUCUUCUUCAGCCUCUUCAGUUAUCAGUGCACCUAGAAAAUACCGUUUUGCAACAGAAGUUGUGACAGUAGACAAUUCAGACGACCCACACCAUGCUGCUUCAGUACCAAUUUAUCAAACGGCUACAUUUAAACAAACGGGCGCAACUGCUUCUGGAGAAUAUGAUUAUUCCCGUAGUGGAAAUCCUACUCGUACUCAUAUAGAAAACCAUAUGGCUAAAAUUAUGGGUGCUGAAAGAGCACUUGUAGUCACAAGUGGUAUGGGCGCAUUAGAUGUCAUUACUCGUCUUGUGAGCUCCGGCGAAGAAAUCAUUGCUGGUGAUGAUUUGUACGGCGGCACGAACCGUCUUUUAAGCUUCUUGGCUAAAUCUCAAAAUGUCAAGACACAUCAUGUGGAUACAACAAAAUCAGAAUCUGUUUUGCCAUAUCUUUCUGACAAGACUCGUUUAGUCUUACUUGAAUCUCCUACCAAUCCUUUGAUCAAAAUCACAGAUAUCCCUACCAUUUCCAAAUACGUACAUGAACGUUGUCCUAAUGCUUUGGUGGUGGUGGACAAUACCAUGAUGUCACCUUAUCUACAAAGACCAUUGGAAUUAGGCGCUGAUAUCUCUUAUCAUUCAGGCACCAAAUACUUGUCUGGUCACCAUGACUUGAUGGCUGGUGUCAUUGGUGCCAAAGAUGCUUCUGUGGGUGAACAACUCUAUUAUGUGAUCAAUUCUACUGGUUGUGGUCUAAGUCCUUUUGAUUCUUGGUUAUUGUUGCGUGGUGUCAAGACAUUAGCUGUUCGUAUGGAUAAGCAACAAGCUAGUUGUAUUCGUAUUGCCAACUACUUGGAAGAAAACAGAUUUAAGGUGCAUUAUCCUGGUUUGCGCUCACACCCUCAAUAUGAUUUGCAUAACUCCAUGUCUUCAGGCCCAGGUGCUGUCUUGAGUUUUGAAACAGGUGAUAUUGGUAUUUCCGAACGUAUUGUAGAAGGAACCAAAUUAUGGAGCAUUAGUGUUUCAUUUGGUUGCGUCAAUUCCUUAAUUAGUAUGCCUUGCCGUAUGUCACACGCUUCUAUUCCUGCACAAAUUCGUGCAGAACGUCAAUUACCAGAAGAUUUGAUUCGUCUAUGUGUUGGUAUUGAAGACGUGGAAGACCUCUUAGAAGAUUUACAACAAGCUUUACAUAGUGCUGGUGCUUUGUCUGCCAAGCAGUAA